ACAAAAAUGUCUGCCUGCUCGUCAGUGUGUUAACAGAGCUGUCAUUUCCCAAUUUAUUAUCGUUAGAAAAUAGUACGUAUUUGUAUUUUCGAAGCAUUGUUUUUGAAGCAAACAGGUCUUAUUCAAACAAACGUCUAACCCAAACGAUCAUGGAGCCGACCGCAUCUGGGAUCUUCUGCAAUAGGAUGCUCAGCAUGGUAAACUCUGAGGAUGUGAACGCUAUCAUACAGGCUCAGAGACACAUGCUGGACCGGUUCGAAAAGACCAAUGAGAUGCUGAUCAACUUCAACGGGCUGUCAAACGUUCGCUUACAACAGAUGAAUGAACAUUUUCUAACGCACACCCGUACUUUAAUCGAGAUGAAGAAAGACUUGGACAGCAUAUUUAGGCGAAUAAGGACUUUAAAAGGCAAAAUUGCUAAGCAAUAUCCAGAGGCCUUUAGGAAAAUCAAUGAGUGUUCAAACAUGGAGGAUGAUGACGAUCAGUUUGACCCCAUCCCUCCCAGCGUGGCCACGACCAUCACCACCACUGCAACAUCGGAACAGAGCACAGAGUCAUGUGACACAAGCCCUGAUGUAAUAUCUCCCACCAUUAGCUGCUCUUCUGAAGACCCCUCUCAAGGGAACGGUGGCACACCAACAUCUGAUAGUCCUGAACAGGCUGUGUUGCGAGAUGAGGGUCCAGAUUCAGCCGAGAUCUAGACUGAUGUUGCUUAUAUUAUGUGAUACUACAGCCAGUUGUGUGUGACGUUUACUAUAAAGAGGAUUAUUAACAUUUUGGUGCAUGGCACCAAUUUGGCACUGUUGGUGGAUGUUAAUUAAAUUGUCUGUUGCGUUUUAUAUAGUUGAAGUAAUAGUUCACCCAUAAAUGAAUAUUCUGUUAUUUACUCACCCUGUUGUUUUUUAUUUUUGUCAUAAAAGAUGAGUAUAUUCUAGGAAUAUAAAUGAAAAAGUAUCAAGUUGUUCCAAACCUGAAUACAUUUCUUUGUUCUGUUGAACACAAAGAAAGACAUUUCAAAGAAUGUUAGCAACUGACAGUUAAUUGACUCCCAUAGUAAAAAAAAUGAAAUGGUAGUCAAAGGUGCCUCAGAACUUGCUUUGCUACAUUUUUCAAAAUAUCAAAUUUUGUGUUCAACAGAAUGAUUAUAAUGUCCCAGAACUGUCAGUUGCUGACAUUCUUCCAAAUAUCUUUCUUUGUUUUUAACAGAACACAUACAUUUUUAUUGGUUUGGAACAACUUAAGGGCGAGUAAAUGAUGACAGAAUUUUCAUUUUUGGGUGAACUUUCCCUACGUUGUAAAAUGUCAUUUUUGAUGAGUGAGCUAUUUCUUUAAAAUAUUCCUGUGCUAAAAAUGGGAAACUACAAGAAAAAUAAAAAACUAAUAUCCGCCAUGAUUGAGACAGUACUAUUAGCAGAACUAAAAUAAACAUGUCAUAAAAUAAAGCCAU